AAUUAAAUUUUAGGUUAUGAGUAAUGUUUACUUUCUAUAUUUUUUAAAUUCAUUUGUAAAUCUUUUGAUUUUUCGUUAUACCCUCAUUGGUGGGCCUUAAAUUGAAUAUUUGUUACUUUUAGGAUGAUAAUUUCGAGCUAAAAGACGAAAUAAAAAUUGACUAAAACCAACUUGGAACAUGGCCAACAAUACCAAACCAAUUUUGACCUUAAACCAGUUCAUAUUGAAACAAGAGGUAAAGAAUUUAUACAGGCAGUUCUUCAGAACCAUUAAAGAAGUGCCUGACAAGAAUUAUCAGAAUGAGAUCAAGGAGUGGACCCGAGCAGAGUUCAGACAGAAUUCCAACCAUACUGAUGAACUUGUGAUCAAAAUGUACUUAGAGUAUGGUAAAAAAAGCUUAAAACAGUUACAAAACAGUGUGUGUUUAGCAAAAUAAGGUAGAUUUAGUAGAUGUUUGUCAAGAAUAUAAAAAUGUUUUUUUGUUUGUUGAAGAGCAACCUCCGAGUCACUUGUAAACCUAUUUCAACAGGAAAAUGACUGAUUUUAUCAUACCAAUAUAAAGGGAGAAAAAAUCUGAACAACUUCAAUGGAUAAAAGCAUUAUUAUUUAAUAAUAAAUUAUAUUUAGUUUUACAAA